CCUGAGCCUCCUUGUCCCUCAUCUGGAGCCUGGAUGGGUGGGCAGAUGGGUCCCAGAGAGACCUAUGAAAGGGAGGGAAGGAGGGAGAGGAGUACGGAUGAUGAAGGAUGAUGAGUGAAUGAAGUGUAUAUUGAAUGUACACACAAAUGUAUGUUCUGGAAUGAAUAUAUGUACUGUCAAGUGAACAAAGCAAGCUACUGAACAAUAUACCCAAGAUGAUCUCUUUUAUGUAAAAAACCCCACCAACGUGUAAUAUGAUGUUAUCUCCACGUCUGUAUCUAUAGGUGUGUAAGUGCACAGGAAGAGGUCUGGAAGGACCCAGACUAAAUUGUCCACAGUAGCUUCUGGCCUCCUGGGACACUCCAAGAAGAUGCGAGCCACCCCUCUGGCUGUUCCUAAGGGUGUCCCCUCCCGGAAGAAGCAGCUGGACUCGGAUGAUGACCUAGACACUGAGCGUCCCACCCGGAAGCAAGCCCUAAGUGGGCCCCAGCCCAGGCUGCCGCCCUGCCCCCUGCCCCCGAGCCCACCCCGUGCUCCAGUCUGUGCCCCUGCUGUGACUGCUGCCUCUAGGCUUGGACCCUAUGUUCUUCUGGAGCCUGAGGAGGGCAGCCGGACCUACCGGGCCCUGCACUGCCCCACCAGCACUGAGUACAUUUGCAAGGUGUACCCAGCCUGCGAGGCCCUGGCGGUGCUGGAGCCCUACUCGCGGCUGCCCCGCCACGGGCACGUGGCCCGGCCGGCGGAGGUCCUGGUGGGCCCGCAGCACCUGUACGCCUUCUUCCCGCGGCCGCACGGGGACAUGCACAGCCUGGUGCGCCGGCGCCGCCGCCUGCCCGAGCCCGAGGCAGCCGCGCUCUUCCGCCAGAUGGCCGCCACCCUGGCGCACUGCCACCAGCACGGGCUCGUCCUGCGGGACCUCAAGCUCCAGCGCUUCGUCUUUACUGACCGUGAGAGGACAAAGGUGGUGCUGGAGAACCUGGAGGACGCCUGUGUGCUGACCGGGUCUGACGACUCCCUGUGCGACAAGCACGCGUGCCCAGCCUACGUGGGCCCUGAGAUCCUCAGCUCCCGGGCUUCCUACUCCGGCAAGGCGGCGGAUGUCUGGAGCCUGGGCGUGGCGCUCUUCACCAUGCUGGCCGGCCACUACCCCUUCCAGGACUCUGAGCCCAUCUUGCUCUUUGGCAAGAUCCGCCGAGGGGCCUUUGCCCUGCCUGAGGGCCUCUCGGCCCCCGCCCGCUGCCUGGUCCGCUGCCUCCUCCGACGGGAGCCCACUGAGCGGCUCACGGCCUCGGGCAUCCUGCUGCACCCCUGGCUGCGGGAGAAUGUGAUCCCCCCAGCCCCAACGCGAUCCCACCUCUGGGAGGCUGACCAGGUGGUCCCGGAGGGGCCAGGACUGGAGGAGGUGGAGGAGGAGGGAGAAAGAGACGUAGGUCUCUAUGGCUAACCCGCCCUGCUAGAGUUUCAACUGCAAAUAGUGGGUUGAGUUUGGGGUAUCUCCAAGCUCUCUCCUGCCUCUUUGAACCUUAAGUGCCUUCUGGGAGGGAGAAAAGAGGAGGCAUGUGUGGAGCACACUGGAUGCACACCUGGUGGUUCUGCCCACCCGUGCACGUGAACUCAUGCUUUGCCAAGUCCUUGUCAGGUGCUCACUGGGCCAACCCCCGUGCCGGGUGCUGGGAACACCACAGUGAAUGACAGAGACAAAACUCCUGCUCACAGGUUGACAACCCCUUUCCACGCACACAGGUCCAUGUCCACCCCAGGCACAGGCGGUGCAGGUGUUGGCAUCCAUUCUUGCAGAAGCCUGGGCACGUCUGACAUGGGACAGUCCCUUUCACAAACAAUCCAGCUGCCUUUGUAUCUUGCACCUUUUCAGAGAAAUGGAAGCAUCCCUGUGCCAAAGGCUCCAGGCCUCUUUCUUGUAACUCAGGACCCCAGCACCCAGACUGUGCUGGGAACUGUGCUCCCACUAGCUCUGUCCUCCUGUUCAAGGGAUGCCUAUCCAGGCCUGAGCCAAGGACUUGGGCUGGAAGAUCAAGAGAGUAGACUGUGAGGCUGGUCCUCAUCUAACUCAGAGUGGUUUGGAAUGAGGGGCCAGUGACCCCCUGACCCAAGCACCAGAGUUGGGGGAUGGGAUUAGGCAGGGUCUGUCCCUUGGCCUCCUGGAUAGUUCCAGGCCCUGUCCUGGGCACACUUGGGGUCCAGGACCCUACAUCAACACUACGGGUUUUAGAUGUUAAGAGUAUAUAUUUUUACCUUGUGCCUAAUAAAGGAAUUCUGAAAUA